AUGGUGCAAGGGUUCAAAUUGUACCAUUACGACCCAUCGGCUGGUGCUGCGCUCGCCUUUGCAGCAGUGUUUGGUCUCACGACCAUCAUACAUAUUUGGCAACUAGGUCGGAACCGAGCCUGGUAUUUCACACCCUUUGUCAUUGGUGGGUUCUUGGAGGCCCUCGGCUAUCUAGCAAGGUAUGCCAGCGCAAGGGAAACCCCGAACUGGACCACCGGAGUAUACGUCACUCAAAGCUUGAUGCUCCUUCUUGCACCUGCCUUCUUCGCGGCUUCUAUCUACAUGAUCCUUGGUCGCAUCAUCCGUCUCUUGAACGGGACCUCGUGUUCGCUGAUCAGACCGUCAUGGUUGACCAAGAUAUUCGUGACGGGUGAUGUGUUGUCAUUCCUCAUCCAAAGUGGAGGUGGCGGCAUGCUCGCUACCGCAAAGGAAAAGUCGAAGAUCGAUCUCGGAAACAACAUGAUUGUCGCUGGGCUUUUUGUGCAACUUCUGUUUUUCGGCUUCUUCAUCCUUGCUUCGUUGGUUUUCCAUCGCCGUAUGUUAACUACACCCGCGUUCGCUGUGGAUAACACUGGCAUCCCGUGGACCCGCUACAUGAAGGUCCUCUAUACUGCUAGUGCUCUGGUUAUGAUUCGAUCCAUUUACCGGGUCGCAGAAUAUAUCCAGGGUAGCGAUGGGGUUUUGCAAAGCAAGGAAGUAUUCGUCUACGUUUUUGAUGCGACUUUGAUGCUCGGCUGUUGUCUACUUUUCAACUUCUUCCAUCCGAGCAAGAUGCUUUCGAGAUAUCGCAACGUCCAGGACGAGCCGGGGCUGGAGAUGUUGAACAGUGGGGGAUACGCAGGAUAUGAAGGACAAUUCAGAUAG